AUGUUUCAAAAGCAAGAAAUAUUACCAUCAUCUAAUCCGAAGUCUCCAUUUUAUAAUAACCUACCCAAUGGAGAUUCUAAACCUAUAGAUGAAUUGGUGGUUUAUUUUAAGAAUUAUAAAUAUUUGGUCAGGAAUUUGAUCAAUUAUCUUAAAGAGAUGGCUCUUAUCAAAGAGUUUGAGUCCAAUUUGAACUUUCAAUUAUUUAAUUCGUAUAAUGCCAAUUUAAACCGGAUAGAUAAGCAAGAAAGACCUAAUCUUAACAAAUCUAAGUCGAACUCCCAAAUUUUAUCAAGAAACAAGGUCACUGAACGAACUCCAAGUGAUAGAAGUGUUACAGACAAGGUAGCUCCAGAGAAAUCGUUUCUUGACAAAGCUAUAACUGAGGAUAGCAAGUUUUAUGAAACUACCAAUUCAUUGAUAUUAAACCAUCAUUAUAAUUUGUAUCAAAGCAACCUUAAGCAUUUCAAGGAAUUGAAUAAUAAAUUGAUUCCAAAGUUGGAAAACUUACAUAAGAAUUUGACAAAUAAGAUCAAAGAGAUCAGAUCAAGUUUGAAGAACGAAUCGUUUGUUAAUGAUUCAAUUAAAAAAGAGAUCAGUAAAACCGGGAAUAUUUUGACCAAAUAUAUCAAAUCUGUGGAAUAUUAUCAUAAUGUUGAUGCUACUUUGGAUACUGAAGAAGAUGAAGAAACCAUCAUGGAAGAUCCAUUUUUGCUCAAAUUGAAAUUGAACUAUCAAUUGAAAAAUCAAUUGAUCAAAGAAAAUUAUCUUUUUGCUGCAUUCAUCAACUUGCAAAACAUUUCUAAAGAUUUGUUGACUUACAUUUUGAAGGACUUGACCAAUUUAAUGGAAAAAAUCGAAAAAAUUAAUAGUUUGAAGAUAAGAAAUCUUAAUUUUGACGUGAACAAAGAAUGGGAACGUUUUAUUGUUUCAAGCAAUAGUUUUUUGAACAUCUAUAAAUCAACGGAAACCAAUCAGAAGAAAGAAAUUCGUCAUUUUAAGGAUCUUGUCAUUCCUUAUUCCAAUUCUAUUCAUAAUAAAUGUAUCAGAUUCGGAAUUAUUUAUAAGAAACUGAAAUUAUUAAAGAACUAUAAUCGUUAUUAUUAUUUAUUGACAUGUAAUUUCUUACAUGAAUUCAAAAUUGAAAAUAUGGGGAACAACUCAGGAACCAGUACACCAAAUUCCUUAUUAUCAGGAUCUAAUUCUGACAGUAAGAAUUCUAAUACUCCAAGUAUUAAUUCUCCCAAAAACAAAUUGGCUAUCUUUAUCAAUCAUAAUGAUAUUCCUGAAAAAUCUUAUAGUUUGAAUGAAUUCAAAAUUGUUGUCAAGAAUGAAGGGACAUUGAAAUUCAAUUUGGUUUCAGAAGAGAAGUCAUUCUCAUUCAAAUGUAACAAUAGUCAAGAUUUUAGAAAUUGGGUUCAAGAUCUUAAAGAUUUGUUACAAUUCGGUGAUAAUUUCCAGGAAAGAUUUGAUUUUGUUGAAAAGAAAUUAGCUAAGAAGCAAGAUUUGAGAUCUGAUUCUAGAAAUCCUUUAUCAUUAUCUUCCAGUUCCAUCAAUUUACCUCAUCAAAGUUUACAAGGUGUCUUUACUCCUCAAAUCAGAACUCCUUCAAGUUCUGGAUCUGAUAAGAAUCCAUUUGAUCAAUCCUUUGCUGAUAAACCAGGCGAAAAAUUGGUACCUACCAUUUCCAAUAGUUCAAUCAAUACUAAUGCCGGUAUUAUCGAUCAAAAUAUUACCGAACUUACCAAUAAAUUGAAUCAUGAAAACUACCUUAAACUUCAACAAGAGUAUUUGAAACAACAACAGGAAAUUAUUACCCAAAAGUUAAAAGAAACAGAGGUGGCUAAAGAUGAAAUUAGUCACAGAAACUUACAAAACCAUCAGUUGAAACAAUUACAUCAACAACAUGGAAGUCAAACAAGUCAAUUUAGUCAAAACUCCCAAACUUCUAACAAUUCUCAAAAUUCCAUCAAGUCUCCUUUACAAAGUCCUAGAAGUCCUAGAAGUCCAAAUGAAUUCUUGGUAGUUCACAAACCAAGUAAUUCCAUUUCUAGUCUUAAAUCUAUCAAUUCUAUGGAUUCAAUAAAGUCUUUGAAUACAUCCAAAAUUAAUAAUUUCCUUCAGGAAAAUGAAAAUUUGAUAAUUCCUAAAUUUUUCAUUAGUGACGAUAACGAUUCCAAUGUUCACGAUGCAAAUUUACCUACACAUGAUACAGAGGUCACACCUUAA